AUGCCGACGACAAAAUUCACUACUCCAGAAAAGUACACCUACCUCACAGGCUUUGGAGGUUACCAUGAAUCAGAAGCCUUGCCAGGAACGUUGCCAGAGGCUCAAAGUACCCCUCAGAAACCAAGCUACGGACUAUAUACCGAAAGAAUAUCUGGAAGCUCGUUCGUUGCUGCACGCAGCGAGAAUCGUCAUACUUGGCUUUACCGCAUUGUCCCUUCAGCUGCUCACGCGCCUUUCGAAUGUGAACCGAACAGCCUUCAGCUGCCAGAUGAGAAACUGCUGUUCACACCGACGCAGAUGCGAUGGGAUCCCUUCGACGUCAAUGAAAAGGCAGAUUGGGUUCAUUCCAUGCAGCUCAUAGCCGGUGCUGGCGAACCCUCAACUCGAUCAGGGGUUGCGUAUCACAUCUUUUCAGCUGGUCAGUCGAUGGAACCCCGUUCGGUCUAUUACUCUGCAGAUGGAGACUUGCUUGUCAUUCUUCAACAAGGGGUUCUGGACAUCCGGACUGAGCUCGGCUAUCUGCUUGUCCGACCGAACGAGAUCUGUGUCAUCCCACGAGGAAUACGGUACAAUGUUGCCUUGCCAGAAGGGCCCGUUCGAGGAUAUUCGGUCGAACUACAUCAAGGGAGUUUUACCUUGCCUGAACUCGGACCUAUUGGAAGCAAUGGUCUAGCUAACGCGAGAGACUUUCAAAUUCCAAAAUCAAGCUUCGAUGAGGAUACGGAUAACGAAUAUCAGAUUUAUGUGAAGUUCAACGGUCAGCUUUUCAAGGCAUUACAGGACCACAGCCCAUUUGACAUUGUCGGUUGGCAUGGUGCCUACUACCCAUACAAAUAUGAUCUUGGCCGGUUUUUGACCUUUGGAAGUGUGUCUUACGAUCAUCCCGAUCCUUCGAUAUUCACAGUUCUCUCCAGUUCCGAGAAGAUUGUCGAGCUCGCAGCCUUCACCCCGAGGUGGCUCACGAUGGAAGACACUUUCCGCCCACCAUACUAUCACCGCAACACAAUGUCAGAAUAUAUGGGUUUAAUCACCGGAGGAUACGACGCUCGUACCAAAGGCUUUCUGCCGGGCGGCGCGACGCUCCACAAUGUCAUGUCUGCACAUGACCCUGACAGUGAAAGUCACCAUGCUGCGACUCAUGCUGAACUUACUCCGCAGAAGGUUGGAGAGGGAAGCAUGGCUUUCAUACUGGAGUCUCCCCUGAUUCUGGGGCUAAGUCAAUGGGCGCUUGAAACAAGUGGCAAGAGGCAGCUUCAUUACAAUGCCUCGACUUGGCUGCCUCUCAAGCCACGAUUUUCGUCGAAGGGGGCAGGCGAGAUGAAUGGACAUCCGAUCGAGAAGUAG